AUUGCUCUGUCCUGGAGACCCUUUGUGAUCCGGUCAUGGCCGGUCACGCUGAGGGACGCUGUCCGGACUCACUUGGGGCCAACGCCUGGGUCGAAAGGUGUGUGGGUUUCCAUCGCCCUCGACAAAGACGGUGCAGUUCGCACUUCGCUAGCGUGUGUUCCUACCCUUCUCGGCAGUAAUUGUACAUUUGGGGAUCUUUGCUGUUAACUUUAAAAAUAAACUUAAUUUGCCAAGAAAAUGGGUGUGUUCAGGAAUAGCAGAAAAUGCAACCCAAGACAAGAAAGCUCUGGCAAAACCACAGACCGGUUCCGUAAACAGAAGUGCCCUUAGGAGGAAGGGGAGGGGGGCUUGGAGGGCGGUGGGAAGCGCAACGUCCUUCGGGACGAACUGGGACCUGGAAGUGUGCUGGCUUCUCGUUGGCUGUGCCGCGCUCCCCUCGGCGGGGCUCUGCUCUCAUUGGCAGAGCUGUGACUGGCUCUCAUUGGCUGGGCUAUGGCUGACUCUCCUUGCCUGGACUCGGCUCUCAUUGGCUGAGGUGUGCUGUCACUGGCUGGGCUCUGCCCUCAUUGGCUGGGCCGUCCGGAGGGACGCCGCGGCUUCUUCCCGCGGGGAAGGCGGAGGGCUGCGAGGAGGACGUGGCGGGCGGGAGAGCGCCCCCUGCCGGCCUCCGCUGCGCGUCGGCGAGGUCGCCCCCACUCCGUCUCCCUGCCCAGGCGUUGGACACGGGACUGUCUCAGGGCCCGCCGUUGUUAAGAAAUGAAGUGUCCCUGAGGGAUUAUAAUAACCGACUUGAUGCCGCCUCGCACAGGGUGGAGGAGUUUCUAUACUGAAGUCAGAGACGUCCUGGGGGAGGGUCAUCAAGGGCCUUCUCCUGGAAGAACGGACAUGGUGGCCACCAGUCUCUGGGGUGUGAGAAUGGUGCCCGGCGCAGUGGGGUUGGCGGUUCUGAACCCUGGCAUUGCAGGUGGAAGAAGACCCAUAUCUUUUUCCGCUGGUGCCUCGAGCGUCUUUGGAAGAGGAGGCAGCAGUAGGAAGGAGAAGCUUUCUCUGCAGGACAUAGCGGAGCUGAUCCAAGCCAGAGCCUGCCAGAGGGUGGUGGUCAUGGUGGGCGCCGGCAUCAGUACGCCCAGCGGCAUUCCGGACUUCAGGUCUCCCAGGAGUGGCCUCUACAGUAACCUGCAGCAGUACGACCUCCCAUACCCCGAGGCCAUUUUCGAGCUCGCUUUCUUCUCUCACAACCCCAAGCCCUUUUUCACUUUGGCCAAGGAGCUGUACCUCAGGAACUACAGGCCCAACAUCAUACACUACUUCCUCCGACUGCUGCACGACAAGGGCCUCCUUCUGCGGCUCUACACACAGAACAUCGAUGGGCUGGAGAGAGUGUCUGGCAUCCCUGCCUCGAAGCUGGUUGAAGCUCAUGGAUCCUUUGCCUCUGCCACGUGCACCGUCUGCCGAAGGCCCUCUCCGGGGAAGGACAUUUGGGCUGACGUGUCCGUGGACAGGAUUCCCCGCUGCCCGGUCUGCACUGGCGUUGUGAAACCCGACAUCGUGUUCUUUGGGGAGGCACUUCCCCAGAGGUUCCUGCUGCAUGUGGUUGAUUUCCCUAUGGCGGAUCUGCUGCUCAUCCUUGGGACCUCCUUGGAGGUAGAACCUUUUGCCAGCUUGUCUGAGGCCGUGCGGAGCUCGGUGCCCCGGCUGCUCAUCAACCGGGACUUGGUGGGGCCCUUCGCCUGGCGUCCUCGCGGCACGGAUGUGGUCCAGCUGGGGGAUGUGGUUCAAGGCGUGGAAAGGCUGGUGGAGCUCCUGGGCUGGACGGAAGAGUUGCAGGAGCUUGUCCAGCAGGAGACGGACAAGCUUCAUGGACAGGACAGAUAGAGUGAUGGCGGGUCCCCCUCCCCUUCUGGGACCGGAAAUGGUUCCAAGGAGUCCCUGCCCACCUCUGAGCAAAGAGUCUUGGCUGAACCAGAACCUGCUGCCUAAGGAAGAGGGUGAGGCCGACCGGGUCCUGAGCUCCGUGCCAGUGGGUCAUGUCGUGCUCCGGCUGUGGGCCACCCCAGUUGCGGGCGCCAAGCUGUCCAGCGCUUUUCUGUGGUUUGACUCUUCAGUCUCCUGAAGCUCUUGAUGCUGAAAAAAAGCUUUCUCCUGACAGUGACCCUCUGGAACCCCAGCGGACCAACAGGACGCCCAGACCGGACCUGCUCUGUGUCUGGGUCUCCGUCUGAAAGGCAGGCUCAGCAUCUCUCCCCUUAGACUGUCUGGGGCGGAGGGGCCACAGCCAUUCCUAAGGUGUGGUCCUGGGUCCCACGUAAUAGAAUCGAGUCCUGAAGCACGCUGGCCUCCUUAGUAGGGUUAUUGUUAGCUGGAGAAACUUUGUGCAUUUCUGGCAUGAAAUAAACUCUUUGGUCUCCUCAAA